GGAUGGACAUGAAGAAGUGAAUAUUGAUCUGUUAUCUGUUUGCUUUCAGGCUGACCUGAAGCUCUGGACCAGGACGGUUUGGUAGAAAACGAUGAUGGAACCAUUAAAGAAAAACAUUUCUUCACAUCAAUACUUCAUCUUCAGUGGCUUCAGUGAGCUUGGAGCUCUGAAAUCCUUCAUUUCGAUCCCCUUCCUGAUUCUGUUCUUUGUGUCUCUGUUUGCCAACUCCCUGCUGAUCUAUGUGGUCAUUUCACAGAGGAGCCUCCACUCCCCGAUGUACAUCCUCAUCGCCUGCAUGUCAUUUGUUGAUAUGUGCCUGCCACUGAUUCUCAUCCCCAACCUGUUGCUGAACAUCUUGUUCAACGCGAGCGGGAUCUCUCUGAGCGGCUGCCUGGUUCAGAUGUUUUUGAUUCACAUGUUAGGAGCUUGUCAGUCGUCUCUUUUGCUCUGGAUGGCGUUGGACCGAUACUUUGCCAUCUGCAGGCCCCUUUCCUACCAUGAUCACAUGUCUCUACCCAGAUUCCUCAGGUUUAUCAUCCCAAUUAUGAUCAAGGAUGUGAUCAUGGUGUCACUGGUCACAAUUCUAGCAGGUAAAGUGUUUUACUGCUUCAGUAACGUGAUAAACCACUGCUUCUGUGAACACAUGGCCUUGGUGGAGUUGAGCUGUGGCAGCACAGCCAUCAACAGUCUGGUUGGGUUAUUAGGAGUCUUUGUGGUCCCUAUUGUUGAUUUCUUGUGCAUCACCGCUUCAUAUAUAAUCAUAUUCCGCUCUGUGCUGCGUUCAGGUAAAUCCAGUGCUAAAGCUGUACACACCUGCAUCACUCACAUCAUCGUCAUCGUCAUCAGUUUGACCUUCGUGCUCACGGCUUACUUGGCUUAUCGGAUGAACAGUCUCCCAAACGCUGGUCGUCUCUUCGUCAGUACCAUGUACAUGUUCCUUCCCAGCUGUAUAAACCCGAUCAUCUACGGAGUCAGAACCACUGAGAUUCGACAAAAUAUCUUAAAACUACUGUCUUCUUGUCGAUAGGUAAAAACUGUGAAUUAUUUUUUAAUACCAAGAAAUUUUAUUUACCAAUGUCAAUAAAGUACUUUUUCAGUCA